AUGAUUUCAUCUAUACUUUCGCACAUCGUGAUUUUUUCAUUAUUUUUUCUCACUGCUGAAUCUACACAUCAAGGAUUGUACACACAUCAUCUUAAGACUGCGAAGCUGAUUGUUCCGCGAAAGGUGAACCAUCUCGGAGAAAUCGUCUCACACGUUUUAACACACCAUCAUGAAACAGGCAAACAUUCUACCAUCCAUGAAGAUCCCAAAAGGUUUCGCCGAAACGCGCCGAAGCAUUUUCCUUCACAGCUACAUUAUCACCUCGAUAUUGAUGAGGAAACGCUUCAUCUGGAACUCGAACCAUCGACGGCUUCGUUUGUAGCGCCUUUAAUGGUCGUCGAACGGCACAGGCGCGACGUUCGCACACGCGUUCGCCCGACGGAGCACAUCAACUGUCACUACCAAGGCCAGGUCCGAGGUCACGACCAAUCACGAGUGGCACUAUCCGCUUGCAACGGACUAACUGGCGUGUUGAGAACUAAUCAAUCGGAAUAUUGGAUUGAACCAUCAAAGAACCAUCUAGCAGGACCGAACGGAGAACACCCUCAUGUACUUUUCAAGCGAACCGAUAUCAAAGAGACACCAUCAACAAGCAAGAAAAACUACAAGUCAGCCAAUAAGCAGAAAAGAAAGCGAAAACGCAAGAAGCGCCAUCUCAGCAACUGUGGAACCAGAGAGCCUCGAAGGUUGACAGAGACCCGUUUGGAGUGGCAACAUCAAGGAAAGGUUCUUGUCCAAGGCGGCCGAAAAGCGCGAAAUCAAGCAGAGAUGUUUUUCGGUGAUGUCGACUUUCCAAAGACCCCAGGAAGGCGAAACAAUCGUCGCACGAAGAGAUCCAUCAGCAAACCGCGUCACGUGGAAGCCCUCGUCGUAGCCGAUCAUUCGAUGGUACAGUUCCAUCAAGAUGUUGAUCUACAGCAGUACCUCUUGAUGAUUAUGAACAUGGUGUCAUCAUUGUAUAAGGAUCCAACCAUCGGAAACUCGAUCCAGGUGACGGUGGUGAAAAUCAUCAUCCUGGAGGAGGAGCACUCACAUGCAGACUUCAAUAUCACGCACAUGGCCGGCAAUACUUUGGAAAACUUUUGCCGCUGGCAAAGGAAUCUAAAUCCAAAACCUGACGAAGAUCCGCAUCACCAUGACGUGGCCAUUUUAGUGACUAGGAAGAACAUCUGCUCAAAUCAUGGAUGCGCAACCCUUGGUGUCGCAAACGUAGGUGGCAUGUGUCGACCUGAUAAAUCGUGUAGUGUAAACGAGGACAACGGAAUUACUUUAGCACACACGAUAUCCCACGAGCUAGGUCACAACUUUGGAAUGUACCACGAUACAGCUAAGACUGGAUGCGAUCAUCGCAUCGGUCCGAUACUGCACAUAAUGACGCCAAGCUUCGAGGCAGACACAAUGCAAGUGUCGUGGUCGAACUGCAGUCGACGCGACAUAACUCAUUUUCUUGACCAAGGUCUCGGUAAAUGUCUAGAGGAUCCUCCUAGCCAGGAGGAAUACGAAUACCCAGAGCUCCCACCCGGUGCCAUGUACAAUGCGGAUUUGCAAUGCCGGCUUCAGUUCAACUCGACGGAUGAGGAGAUGACCGUCUGCUCUAAGCUGGAUGAGAUUUGCACGCAACUCUGGUGUCUUGUAGGGGACGUUUGCACGACGAUGCUUCGUCCGGCCGCCCCAGGUACCAACUGUGGACGUCGCAUGUGGUGCCAGAAUCAACAGUGUGUGGAUGUGGAGGAGCUUCCGGCCCCGGUGGACGGUGGAUGGGGAGAUUGGAGUCCUUGGAGUGACUGUUCGAGGUCGUGCGGUGUCGGGAUUGCCAAACAAACUCGCGAAUGUGACCAUCCAUCGCCGGCCCACGGAGGAACCUUCUGCAUCGGUGAACGUGCCCGUUACAAAACCUGUCACGUGCAACCUUGUCCGUUCGGAACUCCUAGUUUUCGUGCGGAACAAUGUUCAACGCAUGAUAACGAUUUCAUCAAGGGCGAAAAGUAUUCCUGGCUUCCAUACUUCGACAAAAAUGAACCAUGUGAACUGUAUUGCAGUAAUGCAGAGGAUACAAUGAUCGUGCCAUUUGGCGACACUGCAGCCGAUGGCACCCUGUGCAACCUGGGAACGAACGAUAUGUGCAUCGGUGGCAUCUGCCGUAGAGUUGGAUGCGAUUGGGUCGUCGACUCUAACACCACCGAAGACCGUUGUGGAAUUUGUGGAGGGGUGGGCGAUACCUGCUUCGUGAAAAAGGGAGAAAUCAUAAGAAAGAUCAACACCACUGAUGGCAUGCAUGACGUGCUGCUGAUUCCUGUCGGAGCACGUAAUGUCCUGAUCGAAGAGACGGCGCCUUCGAAGAACUUCAUUGGGGUGGGAAGUGUCACGGGCACCGAAUGUUAUCUCAAUUGCAAUCAUUUUAUACAGCUACCUGGAGAAUAUGAAGUAGCCAGUAGCUUAUGUCUGUACGAGCGGGAAAACGAACAAGAGAGACUAAAGAUACCAGGACCUAUCAUGGAGGACAUUCAUGUCUAUGUUAUUAUCAAAAAGAAGAAUAAUCAUGUAGGAAUCCGGUAUGAAUAUACGCUUCCUUCCAACAACAAUAAAAAUCAAUCAACUUAUUACUGGAAAUUAAGCGAUUGGUCCGUCUGCACUGCAACCUGCGGAGGUGGAAAACAGAGCCGCGAGUCUGUAUGCUACCAUCGAGGCAAAGGAAUGGUCAAGGAGGAAUUGUGUCUGCGCCAUGCGUUUGGCAAGCGACACGAGAAGAUCACACGCGACUGCAACGAUGAUCCAUGUCCAUUCAACUGGUGGAUUGGCCCGUGGCAACUUUGUCCCAUGACCUGCCGGAAGUCUGGUGAAAUCGUCGCCCCAGUUCGCCGGAGGUCAAUCCUGUGCGUUGACUCGAACUCCAACGCACGCCCCGAUGUACACUGCAACAAUAAACCGCGACCAAACGACACUGAACCUUGUGGCGACGAAAUACCUUUGUGUCAAGAACCAGCAAAACAACAAAAGAAUCCGGAGACGGACCAGCCUGACACCGUAACGCCAGAAGAAAUCCUUUCGCCCGACCUGCCAUCUCCUUCUACGCCAAACGAUUACGAAAUUAACAACACUAUUUGAUAGCACGUUCCGCAGAGAUCGUUACGCAAACAAAAGCCGCGGGAAUUUGAAUAUGUUAUAUUAACAUUAAUGCUACAGCUUAUUGUACCCACAUCCGGGAAUUGUAUGUUUCUUCUGAGCCGACCCUCCAUCCCUACUCAGUACAAAACUGCUUGCGUAUAAAAUGCGACAACUACCAAUAGCUGACACUUUCUGCAACGCUGUUACACAAAUCAUUAUUGGGAAAUGCACAAUAUAAACUCCGUUUUUAUGUUUAACA